GCGGCCGCCAGGGGUCGCCGCAACGGCGGCGCUGCGGGGCGCGGGGCGCAGCGCGGGCGGCCAUGGCGGCGGGGCGGCUGCCGGCGCUGCGGCUGCUGGCCCUGCUCGCCCUGCUGCUGGGCGGCGCGGCGCCGCGCGGCGCCUGGGCAGCGCGGGGCCGCGGCGCCGAGAAGCAGAACAGCCUGCGCCGCGCCGCCAGCGGCCUCUACCAGGGCGUCAGCGGCCUCUUCGGCGAGGACAACGUGCGGGCCCUGCAGAAGUUUUUCUCAAGGCUGACUGAGAGGUUUGUGAAUGGGGUGGAUAUAUUAAUGGACACAUUCUGGAGAAUAUGGACUGAUCUAUUAGAUGUUCUUGGAAUUGACGCCUCCAACUUGACUCAUUAUUUCAGCCCAGCAGCAAUUGCCAACAACCCAACCCGUGCUCUUCUACUGAUUGGUGCCAUUUUACUUGCCUAUUGGUUUUUAUCUCUCUUCCUUGGAUUCUUCUUCUCUCUCCUGCAUAUGAUGUUUGGUCGCUUUUUCUGGAUUGCAAGGGUUGCCCUUUUUACCCUCUCGUGUGUGUACAUCCUCCAGAAAUAUGAAGGUGAUCCAGAACAUGCAGUCCUGCCUCUCUGCUUUGUUGUAGCAGUUUAUUUCAUGACCGGGCCUGUUGGAUUUUACUGGAGAAGAAACAGCAACAGCAGCCUUGAGGAGAAGAUGGACCACCUCGAUAGUCAGAUCAGACUUCUGAAUAUACGUCUUUCUAGGGUGAUUGAAAACCUGGACAGAGGCAGUGACCAAUGAACUAACCCCUAUAGACCACUGUACACCAGCUCUAGAAAAUUACUAAGCACUGUCUCAUUCGAAGUUACAAAGCAGCAAAACAUCACAUGGUAAAAAGUGUGCAAAGUUAAAACUUUUCAUCAUGUGUAAGACUAAUUUAUCUAGAUUAUACACUCAGCCAUUAUACUUGUAAGGAAAAAACGUUAAAAGAUUUCAGCUGUAUAUUCAGAGAGUUUUAUCCGGUACUAGAAUUUUCUCAGUAGAUAAACGCUUACUUUUACAAGCAUUUAAAAACAUCUUUUGUAAAGUUUUUAUAAAAGCAAAUUGAGUAGUCUUUCAAAUAUUGAAAUUGAGCUAAACAUAUGCAAAUUUGACACUUUAAAAUGUUGAAGAAAAAAAACCUCAAGCUACCAAACACUUCUAUUGAGAAGUAACUGCUGUGGGUCCACUUUUUUUCUUUCUUCAAAGUUGUGAAUGUUUUUGUUUUAUUGUUGGCUUAUUUCAUUGCCUUGAAGUUGCCUUUCUUAGAGUAUCAUAUGAAGAAUUUUCUGGUAUCCAAGCCAAAAAAUUCACACCAUGGCUUUUAAUAGGAGUUGAGGAAAAAGGGAGAAGGAAGGUUUUGUGAAUUUGAAGUCCUUAAAUGCCAGUCUCAUAUGAGGAAUUGAUAAGUGUAGAUGUAUGGUUUUAUUUCAUUGCUUUUCGUAUCAAGAACUUUAACUUUGGUGUUUGAAAGGAAAUCUGUUUUAAUAAACUGACCUGAAGGAAAGAGAUGUAGUGUGGCAAAUUACAGUUCAUAUUUGAUCUUCAUAGUGAAGCAUUUUCCAAGCAUAAGUGCAUAGGAUAAAACAUGCUUUUUAGUCUCAGGACCCAUGUACUUUCUCAAAAAAGGCAGCAGAUAAAACACUUGCAAAUGUAUUGUUGCUUAAAGCUUUCUCAGGACCAAUAAGCGGCAAUAAAUUAUCUUCAGGAAGAUCUGGAAUUUUUUUUCCUAAAAUUAGAAUAGUUUUAUAGGAGCUUUCUGUUUGGAGUCUGUGUCCUCACUACUUUGGGUUUUGGGGGAAGUGAGUCACCUUAUGAGAAGAGUCUAUUGAACACUUGUAUUCCAAAGUAACGUGGGAGCUUUGAAGCAAGUUUACUUUGAAGGAUUCCAUGUAUUUGUAAUCUUAUAUUUAACUAGCUUGGUAGACUAUCACUGACUUUGUAAGGUUUGCUGAAAUGCAUCGAAGCAAGGGUAACCUCAGGGAAGAAAGUCUGGUAGGUGAAUUAACUUAGUAACCUCUUGUAUUCAAGGUUAUAAAUGGAGGAGGGUGCAUGGGGGGAAGCAUGUAAUAUCAUAAUAAUGAGCACAGAAUUGAUAUUGUGAGAAGUAAAAUGGACCGCAGGUACAGAAGUAUGUUUUUCCUAAUAAUCUAAAUGAAUACAGAAAAAUGAUUACAAUAAAAUCUAGUCUGUGAUACAGACUGGGCAAAAAGCAAGGGGAACAAGUAUGAAUAGAUGAUCUAUAUGCUUUCACUUCACCUGUGAAUGCCUAUUCCAGUGGGACUGGCUAUGUGCAACUGUGUACAGUUUGCUACUUGGUCUUCGACUUCUUGUCUUGUUGGGUAGAACUUCUGUUGGAUGUGACGCUUAAUUGAAUGUAACUUUUGGGAAAAAUUAUUUUUCUCUUUAUGCUGAAGUUUGAGAAUGUUUUUAAAAUGCGUAUUACUUGCCUAACCUCUUUUGGUCUGUAUGUGACAUUUGCAUGAGUGAUUAUUUUAAUAUCCAUAUUUAUGGCCUUUGUUCCAAACUGUGAUCCCUGAAGUUCAAUGUAAUGGUUUCAUAUGCAAUUGGCACUAUUGUAGUCCAUUUUAAUUUUUUAUGUCAUCUGUAAAUUCCCUGGCCCUGUUUUUGAAGAAAUAUAUGUUUAGAGUUGCAAAGUAACUGCUUUUCAUAAGUUAAAAUCUUUUCCUAGAAACAGAUAAGUACUGUGGCAACAGAUACUCUGCUUAGUAAAGCUGAAUAUUCAAAUUACAAUAUAUUUCCUUUUUUUACAGCUCAUUUUCCAUAGUAUUAUAGAGUCUUCCCUGUAAUCUCUGUUUUCCCUCCUCUGCUGUGCUUGGAGGACUGGGCUAAAACACCACCCUGGAAAUUAGGAAUUGAUGAGCAAAGCUUGUACAGUCUUUAAGUGUUUUGCUAAAUCUGAGGCCUGAGGACCAAAGCCUGCAAACCUUGCUCAUGUAAGCAACUCCAUUGACUUCAAUAGGACUAUGUGCGUGAGUCAGUUUGGCAUAGAUAGUAUUUUAUGUGAUCCAUAUUUAAUGUUGAAGUUAAGAAUAUUUGAAUCGUUUAUAUAUUAUCAGUUGUCUAUUAAAAAUUCCUUUUAAAAUACUAUAUAAAAAUUAAUUGGGAUUAUAGUUUCUCCGUCUCUUUAAUCAUGUCUUUUAGUUUUAUAAAAUCAGCCCUUCUAUAUUAAUACUCUUCUAAUUUUGAUCACCCUGCUGCUUGAAAAAAAUAUUUUUGUAUUAACUUACAUCCCAUGUACAGCAAAAUGUUAUGUGAAAAGCAGUAUAUAUAAAAUUGGAUAUUUUUAAUCAGUAUUUUUCCCAACGCUCAGUUUUCACUGUAGUAAAAUUUGAAAACAGUGAUUUUUUUUUUUUGGUAAGCACAGUCUAAUCUUCAAUAUAUAUACUUAAAAAAUGCUCUGUGUUUUUAAACAUGCACUGUAGUGAAAAUGCUUUAGGGACUUGAAUGUGGUAUUGUAUUUAAUCUCUUUGGAGUUACUUUUGUAAAUAACCUUUUACAAAUAUUUUCCAUACAAAAUCAUGUAGUUUAUCCAUCAAGUUUUUUGCUCUGCUUUUAAGAACUCAUUCCAGUGAAAGUGGUAGCGCUGCUUUUAUAUUGCCAUUGAUAGGGCAUCUUAAAUUGGUUCAGAGAUGUGCAGGUGUCAGUGUUUGACGCAUGGGUAAACCAAGGCACAGAAUUUGACAGAUUUGCCCAGGACCAUGCAGCAGGAGGCAGAAAUGGGAAUAAACCCCAGACCUCACAGCUCCCAGGCCUUUGCUCUAACCACUAGGCUGCUUAUUCAGAGGUGGGUAAUGGUACCUAUGCAUUCCUCUAAUAGUCCGUUUUCCUUCGCAUCUGGUCUGGUGCAAGUGACUUUUAAAGUGGCAUGGGUUAUCUGAGGUGCAGUUAUAUGUGUGUAAAUACACUAAAUCUGGCCUUUGAUCCAAAGGCUGAUAAUCUUGAACUGUUCCUAUUUAUCCUCCCAUUCUCAGCAGCUACUUGAAAGAGUGUCACCUUUUACACUGGUUGACGUAGUUGUUUAAGAUGGACUUCAAGCUAUCUGGUGUCAGAGAUUCCAGUAAGGUCUUAAGUAUUUUUAGCUUCAUGCUCUAAGACCUAAUAUUUGAAACCACUGUAGGACUAUGUAUUCUCAGUACAUUGACAUUUUUGCAAAACUACUUACAUUUGUAGCAAUUUCUCUGAAAGUACACGCCUCACCUGUAUAGGUAACUGAUCUGUUGUAUUAAGAAUGUAAUGCUUUUAAAAGUGGUAUUGGAUGUCAGAGUACAAUGUAUAAAAUCUGGUGUGAUUCAAUGCUGUACUUAAUAGUGCGUCCUUCCAAUUGUGAUUUGCUUUUAAAGACUUGUUGCAUAGUUAAUGUGGAAAAUAGACCAGUAUAAAUCUUAGCUCUUUGAUGGUGUAGAAGUUUUUAAGUGUGAUUUGCCUCACAUACUGAUCUGUAUUUGGCAGCUAAUGACGUAAAUGACCAUAAGUUCUCUUUGUCUGGGUUGGAGAAUAAAAGAUUUUAUUGUAUCCGCAUGUAUUUUAAACUUUUGGAUAAUUCCAUUGAACUGUGAUGACAAUUAGCACAUUAAAAAUGGAUCUUCUUUUUAAUCAGAAAUUAUAUUUGCUAUGGUAGCACUCGUUAUCAGCACUGAUGUUGGUGAUUUCACAUCCUGUUUUGUACAUCAGAUUUCAAGAUUAUAGUGUUUAAGUUUGUACAAUAGUUGUGUUUCUGUAAAAAUAACUUGGUCUGAAGAAAUGGUGUAUGUAUACUUUUGACAUAUGAUCCUUAGGGAAAUAUUAGAUUCUACUGAUAAUAUUGUUAAGUAGGUACAAAUAUAUCAAACUUAUUUUUACAGAGCUCUACAUGCCUUUAUUUAUUACUUAUCUGACCACCCAAUCAAUGUACGAUGUAGUUAAAUAUUUGUAGACCAAUUUCACAAAUCGACUGGUAUUGUGACAAAGCUUAAAAUAAACGUUGACUGAGCCUUUGCACUGA